AUGCUUCUCGCAGCGGCCAUAACCAUUUUAUUAUUCAGCACAACAGCAACAACAACAACAGCGAGUAAUCUUCCAUUCAAGAAUAUUCAGGGACCUCCCAGUGAAUUUUCUCUUCAUCAGUAUCCAGAACCAAGUGUCGGAGCCAUGCAAAGUGAUUAUCAUUUGAUGGCUCAUAAAUUUACAAAGAGUUUGGAAGCAACAGCCGAAGGUGAUUUGUAUGAAUUUAACGGAAAAGUUGCUGUGGACUCAUCCGCUGAAGUCGAUAUUUCAGUAUUGGCUUUGCAAGUCUCAGACAUGGAUAUUACAAUUUAUGAUCAAUACGGAAAUGACAUUACCAGCAAGGCUUUGGAUGUUGUGGUUGAGCGUUCUUUUGGAGCUUUUUCUAACAAUGAGCGAAAUUUACUUCCUUCCAAGACUUUUAGAUUUGAUGCCAAUGCUAUUACUGCCAUUCGCAAACAACAAAGCUUGAUGCUCACACAAGACGUGAUUGUUGAUGAAUGGACUGUAUCCGUGAAAUUCCAAGAGACCUCUACCAGAAAAUUGAACAACAUCAACAAGUUAACUGGAGAGCCAGUUUCAGCUCACUUGCAUAUUUUGACUUAUAAUCAAUCUCCAUUGCGUGCCUAUUCUCAAUUACAAUCCUAUGAUAAUCAACAUGUUGGUGAUAGUGUUGUCGUUGAGGCAUUCAUGUUUGAUCAUGACAAGACACCACUCGAUAGUGUGGCAGCAAAACCAUCUCCACUCAAGUUCAACAUUAAUAAGGGAGAGGAAAUCCGCUCGGCUAAAUUGCAAGCCAUCUCACCCAGUGGUCAGUUUAUCACUAUUGACAUGAGUGAUCAUGGUGAUCUUGAUGCAGCUGGUGAUAAGGUUGCAUCAGAUGGUAUUUAUAGUGCCAAGCUCUCAGUACAAGAACCUGGUGAUUACACUGUGAGUGUUGUUGUUCAAGGUGUCAUUACCAGUACAAGUUUGACCAACAAGGUAAAUCUGAUGGCUGAUGUGAUUGAGUUUGAGAGAACCACUCAUCAUGUCGUUUCCAUUGUCAAGAAGUCCUUGGAGCUUACUCAAGGAGCCUCAUUGACUUUCCCAAUCAGUAGCGAAAUUACUGAUACUGAAAUGAUGACUGUUAAACUUAUUGCCAAGCCACUCGAUGCCGAAGCUGAUGGUAAGCAAUUUAAGGCCUAUGCUGAAGUGUAUGCAUCCUCCUCUUCAUCUUCAUUGGAACCUGUUGCUUUCAUUUCGGGUAUGACCAUUGCUGAGAAGUGUGAUGGUAGCGAUUGUCCUCAGGGCAUGAUUGCUCUUCCAUUGCAAAUGAGUGUGAAAUGGAUUGCCAAAGCUCAACAAAAGUCAAACAACAACCUUCAAAUGCCUUUCAUUUUGAAGAAUGUGAAUGUUCAAGAUGUGGCCUCUUCCAACAUUAUCAGUAAGAUUGAACAAACCAUUCCUGAAUUGACCUUCUCUCAUAUUUCACAUGGUAGUGAUAGGGUCUACAAUGUCAAAGUGGACGCUGUGAAUAACCUUUUAUCUAUUCAUCCAAUCAUUAAGGCCUUCGAUGGUGUCAUUACUGAAACCAUGUUGUUUGGUCCAAGACCAGUCGAAUUGGCAAAGGUAAAUGCCAAAUCAUCCACUCACAAGGUCAUUCUAAUUCACGGAUAUUGCAGUGGCAACAAUCCAUUCCCAACCUCAGAUUUCAACAAUGCAGUCGUCUUUGAAGAUUUGCAUGCGAAUAGAAACAAUGACAAGUUCGCCAAGAUGAUUGCAGAAGUUGGUAGUGAAUUUGAUUCAUUCUCAAUGAUUGGACACAGUCAAGGUGGUAUGGCAUCGCUUCAUUUAGUUGCGUUUUAUUGGUCCAAGGCCGACGUUGAAAAUAGUAAGGAAAGAAGAGUUAUCCAGUCAGUUGGUACUCCCUAUAGAGGAUCUGGUUUAGCUGGAUGUGUAGCUGGAAUUGGCAACGUUGUUGGUAUUGGAUGCGGAUCUCAAAGCGAUUUGACCUAUGACGGAGCUUCAAAAUGGUUAAGCUCAAUUCCACUUGCAGCUCGUCAAAAGGUUUGGUACUCGUACACUGUUUACAAGCCAUACUCUUGGUGUUCAUUGCCAGCAAAUGCUGUUCUUAAAUGGCCAAAUGAUGGUACCUGUGAAAAAGCUCGUGCCACUGUUGAAGGAGCUAAUCUUCAAGAUACAAAGACAGCCUGGUGUCACACCGCUGACAUGAAAUACAAGUGUCAAUGUUUGGAUACCGAGAGAAACGCUCUCAUGAACAAAUUUGCUCAAUAA